AUGGCUACGCUCGAGGUGCAAAGGCCCAAGCCGCGUCACCGUUCCCCUUCCCUUCACCAAGCCGCUCCCUCGUCUCCCACCAUCAUCCGCACCCCAGACUUUAUCCUCCUCCCCUCGGUCCCCACACACGAACCCGAAGACAAUCUGCCCAGCCCCAUGGCCCUCCAGCACCAGUUUGCCAUGGCUCAAGCACAAGCACAGGCACAACGUAGCAGCAGCCAAAACUCGCUCGGACUCGGCUCCUCCUCGGACGAGCACCACAAGGAUGCCGACGAGCUCGAGGAAAUCGUAGAGCCAGAGGCCCAGCUCGAGUCCGACCUCAACCGCGACCACGCCACCACAUCGCACGAUGCCCUGCGCGACCUCCGCAACCACCAGCUCGAGUCGCUCCAGGCCAUCGCACACUCCAUCGCAGACUCCCACUUGCAAGCAACAGCCGCUUCGUCUUUACGCACACCGCACGCAGACCUCACACAGAUCCUCGACGACAUGUUUGCAUCGCUCCGACGCAUCGGCGGUCACAAUGCGCCUCUCUCGCCCACCUUUUCCCGUCCUUCCGUACACCACAUGUCCGACCUCGACCGUCUCGUCCUCCUCGUAGACAGCUUCUCCCAAAUCACCGCCACAUCCACCGACGCCGAGCACGCAAGCCAGCUCGCGCGACUCAACGCACUCACCAACGCGCUCGUCGAAUCGGAUCGCCGCAUCGCUUCCAAUCAGCUCGACAGCCCACCGCGAACGCCUAGGUCGCUCGCAUGGUCCGAGUCCAUGCAUCCUCGCCGCUCCUCCACCCACCAGCUUCACAUGCACUCGCCCCAGUCCAGCUCCCACUUGUCCGGCUCGCGAGGCUCCUGGAGCUCCACACACUCGGCUGCCACCCUCUCCACCUCCUCCGACGAGGCCGCACCCGCCCCCCACAAGAACGUCGCAGCUCUCGAGGACGCCGCCGCCGCCUGGUCGCCCAGACGCUCAGAGCUGCUCACGCAAGCCGGUCUCGUUCAGCCACAGCCACAGCAGCAACACGUAGACGGAUCCGUGUUCGACAUGGCCACCAUCCGCACGCGCACCAACCCCUUCUCCAUCGAGUCGCUCUAUACCCGCGAGCCAAUCGCCUCCUCCACCACCGUCGCCCCAGCCCCUCGCUCGCCGCGCUCCGAUCAGGCUUCCCGCGCCGCUUCCACCAUCGGAGACACGUCCGACUCCACCGCAACCGCCCUCCCCAACCGCAAGCGCUUCUCCGUGCAGACCGACAGCGCCGCCAGUACUUCGCUUCCCUCCUACUCGUGCGACGCACCCGCCUACCACGCAGACGAAAACCAAAAGGCGUCCGCACACGAUGCGCAGUCAACCACGUCGGAUGGAUUGCCAGGCUACGACGCCUCGCCAGCACCAGCUGCAUUCGCCCAAGACGCCAAAAAGCCGCUCGAGACACCCACGCUGCUCGAGCGACGUCGCGCCAAGUUGGCCGCACAGCACAGCGCCUACGCGGCGCGAACUCCCGAAGACCUCGCCAUGGUGCAGAGCUCCAUCGACCGCCUCUCCACCGUCAUGCCCCAGCUCAACAACCAGCGCGCCCUCUCGCCCGAGCACCAACGCCAGGCGCAGCUCGACACCAUCAUCGGUCGUCUCGCCCACUCCAACGCACACCGCCUCAACGACCAGCGCAGCGAACCGCCCAGCUUCCGCCCCAGCCGUCCCGCGCCCUCGCCCCACCCGACCACUGCGCAAACGUCCGAUCCCGAACUGCCGGCCACGCCCACCACGCCCGUGUCGCUGCACACGGCGCCCUCCGCAUCGUCGUCGCGACGCUCGUCGCUGCUCCCCGGUGCAUUCGGCCGCAAGCUCUCCAUCGCCAGCAUCGGCAACGCUCUCCGACGCGCAUCCAUCUACGACGCCUCCAAGCUCAGGUCGCGCGAGGGGUCCGAGAGCAGCACCGACGGCACCAUCGCCGCCGCCGCUGCGCCCGCCACGCGCCGUCGUGCCGCCACGACGGCCGACUCGCGCUCCAAGUCCGACAUUGCCGAGGGCCUCACGAGCCUCUUCAACGACGGCGGCAAGGCGCGCAAGCCGAGCGCAUCCGACGCCAGCGCCGCACGGCUGCAGGCGCAGUCGAGCUUCCGCGCCAUCGACUUUGCGGACGACACGCCGCGCGGACGCGACGCAAGCCUCCAACCGCGCGCGAGCGUCGAGGAGGAAGACGACAGCAUGCUCGACGACUACAGCUUUGCGACGUUCGACACGCAAAAAUCCAACCACCGCCUGUCGGUCGUGGCGCCGCUCGACUCGCCGCACAGCCCCGUGAGCUGGGCGGCGAGCAGCAGCGCCGGCAGCCGACGCAGCUCGCAGCUCGUCUCGAGCCCCGCGACGCCGACGUGGCCGCGCUCGCCGUUGACGCCCGUGUCGCCGGCGGCGUCCAGGCGCCUCUCGAAGCCCGCGGUGACGUUUGCCGCCGACACGCUCGCCGCACCGCCGCUGGGCAAGUCGACCGCCGCAUCGCUCCAGUCGCAGCUGCGCGACUCGGGAUUCACGCCUCUCCGCCCUGGUAAGUCGCUUGCCUCCGUCGCGCCGCCCUUUCUGCAUGAGCACCGCCCGCCUGCCGCCGUCUCUGUUUCCACCACCACCGCUGUCAGCAACCCGUGGCAGGACAUCGUCUGUUACUCUGCUGUGACUGGCGACGAGUCUGCUGCGGGAGAUGCAAAGCUGUCCGCCUCGUCUCCUUGGCCGCACAAGAGCAACACCGCUGACCCCCCCGCGCGUCCUUCUGCCUCUGCUGCCCCUGCCUCUACCUCUGCUGCAACACGGCAGUCUGAACCUCGCGUGGACGUGGAAUUCUUGGCCGAGGCGCAGCCUGCGCUCGGCACGGUGUCGGUGAUGCUGUGGACGAGCACGCGUGUCGACGCGCCGUUGGAGCUGGCGUACGAGCUGGUGGCCGAGCGCGGAGACGUGCAUAGCCGGCGACUGCGUGUACGGCCUGUGGCGCGCAAUGUACUGCUCAACGUGUUUGCGAGUGAAAGCAGAGCGGGCGGGGUGGAGGUGGUCUUGCCUGCGGCGGUGCGGCUUGGGCAGAGCGGGCGUGUGGCGGUAGGCGCGCAGCUGAGCCGGGUGAAGCUGCUGCUUACCGAGGCCGAGGCACGCAAGGGGGCGGAGGCGAGUCGU